AUGUUCAAGGUGGGAAAUGCAGUAACCAGAUCGGAUCGAAGUUCUGGUCUUCUUCUUCUUCUUCUUCCCACUUCUAAAUGUAACCAAAUUCCAUCUAUUCUAACUGGAAAUAGAGAUCAGAAGAGGAAGAAACCACAAUCAAAGUCUUCAUGUUUGGAUCGAAUGAGAGAAAUCCUUCAUGUUCAAGGUGGGCAAUGCAGUAACCAGAUCGGAUCGAAGUUCUGGGAGGUUAUUUGUGAUGAACAUGGCAUAGAUCCAACCGGAAGGUACACUGGUACCUCAGAUCUGCAACUGGAAUGUGUCAAUGUCUACUUCAACGAAGCUUCUUGCGGGAGGUUUGUUCCUCGUGCAGUGCUCAUGGAUCUGGAGCCUGGAACCAUGGACAGUGUACGGAAUAUAACUUUGUUUUUGGACAGUCUGGUGCUGGGAAUAACUGGGCCAAGGGGCAUUACACGGUAG